CAGCAACAAGGAAGCGCAGCACAGGACACGGACUUUGUGCCUUCUCUUUCACUUCACUUCUUCUUCUUCACGCCUUCACUGACUCCAGCCGAUCAGCAAGAAGUCUCCAGGAUGGGCAAAUUAGAAGAGACUCAGCGAGAAGUUGAAGAGGUGAAGGACAUCAUGCUGGACAACCUGAAUAAAGAAGAGGAAAGAAAAGAAAAACUGGAGAAUCUGGACCAGCGGGCUGCUGAGUUAUUGAAUAAAUCGCAGUCCUUCCGUAAGAAGUCGAAGAAGGUGAAACAGAAGAAGAGGAAGGAGUAUCUGAAGAGUAAAGCAGUACUGAUAGCAGUUGUGGUGCUUUUGGCAUUGGUGAUCAUCGUCAUAAUCGCCAUCAUGUUCAGCAGCGAACGCUCCAAUGACACAAGUGUGCAGAGAGCUGCUGUUACCCCAAACCCAAACAUAACAGAACCGCUGUAAAACUCUGCUAAAGGAACACGGCGAGGACGGAAAACAACCACUGCGGCCCUUUAAAAUAAAUAAAGACACUCUGUAUGUAAGGUGGGACAUUAUUUAAAACAAAUGUAUUUUAUUCCUACAUAUUAAGACUUCCUGAAACGUUCUUGAAUUCAAAAUGAUCUUACGUUCCUAAAUGUGAAGGUGCCAGAAGAUGGUUCUUUCAGGCUGUUUUGAUUGCCUGAGGCACAUUUCCAGCCAUGACUCAUUCACUGUUGCCACAAUAUAUAGAACAAUCAUUUUCCAUGACAAAACUGUUUCUACGUAAAUAUAACAUUUAUGCUAUGGAUAAUUUUUCUGUUCUUUGUCACACCAAGAGUCACAGUGUACUUUAGGAAAGCAAAAUUUGACUAAUUUUUCCAGAGUGUAAUGACAAGACACAUGUCUGCACCUAGUAUGGUAAUCUUAGAAAACACAGUACUUUCAGGUAUUUAUUUAGAUUGUAAAAGAAUUCUUUGCUAAUCCUAAUCACCUUCUCUAUUGGGGAAACACUCUGUUGUACACUUAAGGGUUCUGAGCUUGCUAAAAAGUUCUGCAGUUAUUUGAAGCUAAUUCUGGGCAGCACAGGGGUAGCAACAUGGUGGUGGUAGCACUGACACCUCACAUUUCCUGGGUUCGAAUCUGAGCUUGGGUCACUGUCUCAUUUUCUCCGGGUUCUCCAGUUUCCUUCUACUGUCCAAAAAUACGUGAGUGAAUUGUUGACUCUAGGUAUGAACGAGUGUGUGAAUGUGUAUGUGUGCGCGCGCACUGAUUGGUGUUUCAUCCAGGGUGUAUUCUCACCUCCUCAACACUGUUCCCAGGAUAGGCUCCGGAUCCAACAUGACCCUGACCAGGAUAAAGUGCUUACUGAAGAUGAAUGAAUUAAUAUUUAUAUUAAUAACCAGCAAGCAGGGCGGCACAGUGGUGUAGUGGUUAGCGCUGUCGCCUCACAGCAAGAAGGUCCGGGUUCGAGCCCCGUGGCCGGCGAGGGCCUUUCUGUGCGGAGUUUGCAUGUUCUCCCCGUGUCCGCGUGGGUUUCCUCCGGGUGCUCCGGUUUCCCCCACAGUCCAAAGACAUGCAGGUUAGGUUAACUGGUGACUCUAAAUUGACCGUGAGUGUGAAUGGUUGUCUGUGUCUAUGUGUCAGCCCUGUGAUGACCUGGCGACUUGUCCAGGGUGUACCCCGGCUUUCGCCUGUAGUCAGCUGGGAUAGGCUCCAGCUCGCCUGCGACCCUGUAGAACAGGAUAAAGCGGCUAGAGAUAAUGAGAUGAGACCAGCAAGCAUAUAGUAUAUUCAUAUUUAUUUCCAGUAAAAUCAUAUACUACUUCAUGGUGGUUGUUUUUUUUGCCAGUUUUAUAAAAAAAAAAAUCAGAGUAAAUAAUUUCUGUAAAACUACUUUGUGACAAAGUCUACUGUUAAAAACACUACACAAAUAAAAUGUUAUUAAAGUGUGACUUUUUUGUUCUUGUUUUUGACCAGUGUGGAUCAUAAAAAAAAAUAGAAAAGAAAUGGGUGGGCAAAAUGACAAAAAUAUUAUUAAAAAAACAAUACAUUUCUACAAAACACUGUAAUAUAUGCAUACACGCUGGCCACUUUAUUAGGAACACCCAGACAUCUGCUGUUUCACUGUAUGCAGUUCUCUAAUCGGCCAAUCCCUUGACAGCAGCACAGUGCAUAAAGUCAUGUAGAUACAAAUCAAGAGAUUCGGUUAAUGUUCACUUCAAACAUCAGAACAGGAAAAAUUGUAAUCUCAAAGUGUGACUUUCACAGUGGCAUGGGUGUUGGUUUGAGUCAAAUGGACUGGUUUGAGUAUUUCAGAAACUGCCGAACUCCUGGGGUUUUCACACACAGCAACAGUCUCUAGAGUUUACACAGAAUGGUGCGAAAAACAAAAAACAUCGUGCGAGGGAGGGACAGUUCUGUGGGUGGAAACAAACGUCUUGUUGAUAAGAGAGGUCGGAGGAAAAUGGACAGAUCUGAGGUGGUUUGAGCUGCCAGGAAGGAUAUAGUAACUCAUAUAAUCACUCUUUGCAACUGUGGUGAGCAGAAAAGCAUCUCAGCAUGCGACAGCUGAAGACCACAUUGGGUUCCGCUCCUGUGAAGAACAGGGAUCUUAGAAUCAAGAACAAGUUCCUAUUAAAGUGGCCGGUGAGUGCAUUAUGUACUUGGAAAAGAUGUCACGAUAUCUGCAAUAUCUCAGUAAAGUGUAUUGUUACAUAUCAUCAUUAUGUGCAAGUAUUAGAAAUGUUUUGUAGUUGUGCUGUUAUUCAGUAAAGACUCUGCUCUCA